AUGCCCGCUUUAGCUGCUGACCCUUCGCUUCCCACCGCGCGAGUCAUCCAUGUCGACACAAGAGGCGCAGUCAUUCUCUCGGAGGAGUCGCCAGAGACACGGGACAGCAGAGGAAUCUAUUUGCCAAACCACAUAGAGCCAGUGUCUCAUAUUGCCGUCGACGUGGGGGGCUCGCUAGCAAAGGUGGUCUACUUUACACGCUCUCCAGAACCGCCCUCGUCGCCGUCUAUUGCCGCUACACACGGGUCUGGGCCACACAGCGCCAUAUCAACCCCCCGAUCUCUAUCACCCUCCGAGGAUGGCAGCCACUCGCCGUCGUCUGCCAGCAUCAAGCGCGGCGGCGCACUCACUCCGCUGGUGCUAGACACCCCUAACCACCUUGUCUCUAACGGAAACGGCCUCUCGGGACUGCAUGACGGGAUGCUGCGGGAAUCCGUGCUUCGGCGAGCCGCGCAACACUUCCCCGGCGGUUCCUUGAACUUCGAGCGGUUCGAGACGGACGAUAUUCACGAAUGCGUGGAGUUCAUCCAGUCCUUGAUCGAGAGGUCGGCACAGGUGAAUGGCGUGUCCAUAGAGGAGAUGAGGAACGGGGUGAAGAUCAUGGCGACGGGCGGAGGCGCUCACCGGUUCUACGAGCUGUUCAGGGAUACGCUAGGGGUGGAGGUGAGGAGAGAAGAUGAGAUGGAAUGUCUUAUCGAAGGCCUCAAGUUCAUCACUCUCAUUCCGGACGAAGUCUACUUCUUCUCCGACGAACUCAUUCACAAUGUCUCCCAUCCGAUGCUAGCACUGGAACGACCAAGCCCCGAUCCACCAAAGUUCCAAGUCACCUUCGAAUCGAACCCAACGCCACAGCUGCCAUGUCUGCUUGUUAACAUCGGGUCUGGUGUGUCGAUCAUCAAGGUUGACGAGGAUGGCAGGUUUGAGCGUGUCAGCGGCACGAGUCUGGGUGGGGGAACACUGUGGGGGUUGCUGAGCCUCUUGACACCUGCAACAACAUUUGAUGAAAUGUUGGCUCUAUCGGAGAAGGGAGACAAUGCAACGGUCGAUAUGCUAGUGGGGGAUAUUUAUGGACAGGACUACAGCCGGCUCGGCCUUAAAUCGACGAUGAUUGCUAGCUCGUUUGGCAAGGUGUUCAAGAAAGGAGGAGAAAAGAUACAAUUCUCAUCUGAGGAUAUCAGCAAAAGCUUGCUUUAUGCCAUCUCGAAUAACAUCGGUCAGAUUGCGUAUAUGAAUGCUGAGAAGUACAAUCUAGACAGGAUAUACUUUGGCGGAUGUUUCAUCCGAGGACAUGCUGCCACGAUAAGUACACUCUCAUACGCCAUCCGAUUCUGGAGCAAAGGCACAAAACGGGCGUUGUUCCUUCGCCAUGAAGGAUUCCUCGGCUCGAUUGGGGCAUGGAUCAAGAACAUUGUGCCGGAAGAGGAGAUAAACAGCCCUACCUCUCCAUGA